CGUCCCGAUACGUAUCUACCUUCGAAGCUUGCAUAAAGCUGCCAUGACUCGCGGUGACCAGCGGGAGCGCGAUCGCCAGAAGGCGGCGAAGAAGCUCGCGGAGAAGAAUAAGGGCAAGCCGAAGGAUGGCUUGAGCGUCGAGAAACGCAAGGAGCGGGAUGCGGAGAUCCUGAGGCAGAAACAGCAGAAAGCAUUGGAACUGAAGCAGAAUGGCGGUGCUGGUGGUGGCGGCGGCGGCAAAUGACCUUGGCGCGCCUGCACUCCGUGCCACUCGGGUUGCAGGAUCUAUAUGGAUCACUCGCUGGGUCCGGACGUGUUUGAACCAUCAUGCACGUCGGGCGGCGGGUCCGGGAAUUUCGGGAAUCGCGGUUGAUAUGGACUCUUAGAUGCGCUUUGCUGUGUUUGUAAUGUGUUUCCGGCUAUCUAAUCUUUGUCUUUGGCUCGCACUCGCACUCGCACUUGCGCAUACACGUAUGCAUAAACAGC